UUGAGGCCCCGCCAUGUCUACCACAUCAUCUGCCUCUCCCUCGAGGAGGCCCAGUUUGCUGCCAGGCGGCGGGGACGACAAAGACAAGGAUGAGGCGUACCUCGCUCAACUCCAGGCCACGCGCAACGCCAACCAGUUCUUCGAGAAAUUUGACCGUGCCGAGGUCCAGGAGAUGCUUGCCUACACCUCCUCCCACUGGCUCCUGUCCUCGGACGAUCUCAGGUUCUCAGUCGAGCCCCCGGACGGACUGAUUUCGAAGAUGCGGGGGAUUUCGUACUCGAAUUGUAUCUUCCUGCUCCCCGAGGUGCCAGACUGUCAGCCAUACGACUGUCGCGAGCUGCACCAGAUCAUACGGGACCUGGUCACGGGGAUAUUCGCCUUGAACCAGGUGCCGUGUAUAUCGCUGGAGGCGAAUUUCGACCAGAGUACGUCGUGCAAGCUCCCGCCGGCGUACCACGACACGAGAGUCGGGCAGAUCCUGAUUAAUCUGGACUACAUGAUGAAGGCACUCUGGCACGGGGCGUUCUUCCCGCCGGACAAGAGGGCCAAGUUCUCCGAACGCUGGCGAUCCAACCUGGACGUCAACGCCAGCGGCAAACCUGAGACGAAGAAGAACGUGUUACUAGAAUUCACAACAGCAGGUAUGAUGGAUAUAACUAAGGACCCUGAGUAUGAAAAAGUGUACGAUGAUCAGCCUGAGACAGAGAAGAUGAAGGAUGAACACACCACACUGGAGGAGAGGAAACUAUUCAUGAGAUAUGUCGACAACUUCUCACUGCAGAUGACGGUAUACCAGACGAGUGUCCAGCAGCACAAGAACCUGUUUCUGAUGGAGUCAGACUGGAACAUCGCCCAGCAGGUACAACUGGCCGAGGACAGGUUGGACCAGCAGAGCUACCUGUUGAUCCAAAGACGUCUGCAGAUGCACCAGGAGCUGAUUAAGAAACACCUGGAGGAUAAGGCCGAGGUGCGCCGGCUCCUGGGUCUGGUGAAGUUCAUCAGCUUCAUGGUGCCGUUCCUGGUCGCCAUGAGGAGGAGGAUGAAGGUUCCUGACAUGUCCAGACUACUCGCACCAUUUAUAGAUGACAAGUUGAGAACAGAGAGGGAACUUCCUCCUCUGAUGCUGGGAAGUGAUUUCAAGUGCAAGAAUUUCUUCUUCGAGAAUCGGUACCACCAUCUGCACGGAGGCAUCACCAUAGACCUGGAGACUGGACACCUAGUGGACCCUCCAGGAGAAGUCAUUGAUGCAUUUGAUGAGCUCCAGUUGGAGGCAGCGACUCACUGUGCCAAGCUGCUGGACCCUGAUGCACCGUACAUGGAACACUACCCGCUACCCGUGGUCGAACUCAAUGGGAAAAAGUACCACAUCUUCUCGCUGGAUUUUGAGACGUACUAUCCCCAGUCCCCUCACAAGCCGCGCUGGAUCCACGCUUUCUACGACGUCACCUCCAGCCUCAAACCCAAACGACUCCCGCUGACAGACAUACAGGUCCACGAGCACUUCAAGAAGAGGUUCGGCUACAAGAAAGCCAUCAGAUACAAGAAUCUCCAGUACGGCCUGAAAGCGUCGGCGCAGCGCGGUUUGGUCGCCAUUUUCCAGACGUUGUGUCGAAAGUGCCCGGCGACGCGACUGGCGAAGCACGACGAACACGGCCUCUCCCUGCUGCACCACGCGGCGAUCCACAACCGGCCGCAGGUCAUCGCACUGCUACUGCUGCAGGGGCUGGACGUUAACGUACGCAGACUGGUGUCGCAGUACACCGCCUCCCAGCAGAGCAGUGGUCCUACGGCCCUGCACCUGGCAGCCCAGUGUGGUUCCCUGGACGCCCUGUCCUGUCUGGUGUCCUGUAAGGCGAACAUCACCAUGUCUGACCAGGAUGGCUGGGCGCCGGUUCACCACGCCGCGUACUACAACAACGUGCAGUGUCUGAAACACCUCAUCAACAAGGACAGCAGCCAGCUGGAACUCAACACUACCAACCAGUUCAAGUCGUCGCCCCUGCUGCUGGCUGCGAGUAGCGGAGCCCUGGCGGCCGUACAGUACCUGCUGGCCUGCGGAGCAGACAUCACCAAACACGACACCAAGGGUGACAACGUGGUUCACCUGGCAGCCCUGCGCUCCCACACCAACGUACUGGAGUACCUCAUCCUCAUGAACAACUUAGAAGUGCCUGUGUGGAAACUGCUAGUCGGGAUGUUGCAGAGUGAGGAAGAAGACAGGAAGUUGAACGCUGUGCGAUCGUUAGACAUCCUGUCUGUGUCUGGGGAGGAUCAUUGGAAAACCAUGCUGGCAGCUGGUUCGAUCCCAGCGCUGGUUGAGCUGCUGAAGCAUGACAGUGAGACCCUCCAGGCCCUGGCUGCGUCCGUGCUGUGUAACAUCUCCGAACACGAGCCCGUCCGGCGGGAGAUCGCCAGCGCCAACGCGACCCCCGUCCUCAUCCACCUGCUGGGGUCGGCCGUGGACGAUAUCCAGUCACGCUCGGCGGUCAUUCUGUCGGACCUCGCGUGUGUGGACGACAACCAGGAAUCCAUAUCUGCACAGGGUGGAAUCCCGCCGCUGGUCCACCUGCUGGAGUCAGAGCUGGAGGACGUCCUGGUGAACGCCGUCAACGCGCUGCGGGUCCUGUGCACUGGUAACCAUGGCAACCAGAGCACAGUGGCAGAAAACUGCGGCCUGGAGCCACUGGUGGAGUUUCUAGGGGUGGACUCAGACAUUCUAAAAGCGGCAGCAGCAGCGGCCCUAGCGUCCAUCUGUGCUGGGCACAAGGAUAACCAGGACAAGGUUGUAGCGCAGGGCGCGGUCCGUCCGCUGGUGGAGUUGGUGUGGGGUCGGAACGUCACGGUGCAGGUCAAAGCCGCCAGCGCGCUGGAGGCCAUUGCUGAGAACAACAGCACCAGUCAGGCAGCCAUCUUGGACCUGGAUGCACCGAAGUAUUUGAACAAACUGCUGAAGGUUUGGUCAGUAGAGGUAAAAGAACAGGGAGCCUGUACCCUGUGGGCGUUAGCUGGCAGCACCCCGCGGCAGCAGAGGAUGAUUGCGGAAAGGAUCGGGAUCCCACAGCUGAUCGACAUGCUGCUGCUCAAGUCUGAGAAGCUCCAGUAUGUGGGUUGUUUGGCCAUCAUUGCGUUGAGCCGCUCAAGUAUCGAGUACCAGAACAAGAUCUGUCGUGAGAACGGGAUCCAGCCGCUGGUCCGACUUCUGCGCUCGCCCAAAACUUCUGAAACUGUCCUGCUCACUGUCAUCAAGGCACUGGGGACUAUGUGUAUAGGUGUUGCCCACAGCAGCAAUAAAGUGACUCAAGGGAAGAUAGCAGAGGAACAAGCCAUCUCAACACUGUGCAAAAUCCUGGGAAGUACAUCCAAUGAGAUACUACAGGUUGAGAUAGUCCUGGCUCUGGCCUGUAUCUCCCUGAACAACAAGGACAUACAGGAGGUCCUGAAAGAGGAGGAAACUUUCUCACCAAGUAUCCUGUUACAGCUCUUCCACUCCAGCAAUAAGGAUGUCCAGUUGAGAGCAGGCACUGCCCUGUCCACGUUUGUGUUCAACAACACGUCUAACCAGUACAAGAUCAGGCAGCUCGGCGGGAUUCCACUCACCAUAUUCGAACCCUUUCUACUGUCAGAGAACGAGGCCUACCAGGCCCACGCUUCCUUCCACAUUGUAGUGCUAGCCCGUGUGAUCGUGGAUCAGGACCAGGUCAUGUUAACGGCCCGCGGGGUCACACAGCUGGUCGAGCUCCUGCAGUCAGCGGACGACAACACCAUCGUCUUGGCAGCGAGUUUGAUGGGUAGCCUGGCCCACACCCGAGCAGGGAUACCGGAUGCCAUGGUCACAUGUGGAGCCGUGGAACUGUUAACAGAACACCUGUCCUCAAUAAACGACCAGGUGCGUUUCUACGCGGCGGUUGCCCUUGGUUACCUGACGUUUAACCGUACCGCGGGCCGGGAGCUGCUGGUUCUGUGCCGGAACACGCCGGGUCUGUACGACGUUCUGGUGGAGAACAUGGGACAGGACGCACGCAUCAGUGCAGAGUUCACUGACACGUUCAGGAUGGCCAAAAUGGUCGGCCUGCCCUCUCAGAGGAUAUGCGAGACCCUACACAGCCAUUGGCCUCACUUCCACCACCAAAACCCGAGACAAGCCCGUCCCAAGGACUGUGUCUGCGCCUGCAAUGAUCAACACAAGAGAUAGGAGGCGUCGCGAGAAGUCUGCCAUGAUUUCCGUGUCCAAGAGCAUGGCAACUCUUACAAACAAGGAGGAAGAAAGUAG